AUGAAUUUGUAAUGUGAAUAGCCUUUUUAAUAUAAAAAACUUAGAUCCCAAUCCCUCAGUCCCUACAACAAUUCCAAUUUCAUAAAGCAACUAAAAAAAUAACUACACUAUCCUCCCCAAAAGGCAAUGGAAUUAUAAACUUUUGAGUAUCUGCAAAACCAAGAAUAAAUCGAAACCAAUAUAAUUGGCUCAGGUAAUUAACAGCUUGUAACUUACAUAAGAUUCUAUGAAAUACUAUUCCAAAACAAUCAAAAGCAGAAAGAACUCAUUAAUAAUUGAAACAGACUCUUAUCCAAUCAAUGAAAAUGUCGGAUAGAGUGUGGCAAUCAAUCAAUUCAACCACUGCACUCCAAAGAUUGUAAUAGUUAAGAACUUGUAACAGAAAAUAACCAGGAGAAAGCCACUACCCAUAAACCCUAUCAAUCCCCAAGAUUGUAACGAUGAAGAAACCAUUCAACAUAGUAUCGUAGUUUAGAGUCAAAAUAAUGGGUCAACAAUUGAAACGAAAAGAGAAAACAUAACCAUCCUACCCCAAAUUAAGAAAUCCAAAAUCCUAAUGGGAGAGGAACAACCAAUCAAGAGAUCAGCAAGAUACGAAUAAUUAAUGGUAUUAAAAUACUAAAUUAGAAAAAAACCUGUGAUGACCAACUCAAUGAAUUACAAUCAUUGAUUAAGAAAAUGUAAAAAUAGCCAAUCAUAAAGAAGGAGAAAAAAGUAACCUUUCUUAUUUGA